UCCAUGUCCCCAGGUCCUUCCAGAUCUAUGGAAUGCAGGUGUCAGUGGUGGUUCCAUGGCCUCAGUCCUUCCAGGUCUAUGGAAUGGGGCUGUCAGUGGUAAUUCCCAGCCUUGGGUCUUUCCAGGGCUGUGGAAGGGGGAUGUCAGUUGUGUUCCAUGACCUCAGUCCUUGCAGGUCCAUGGAAUGGGGCUGUCAGUUGUGUUCCAUGUCCCCAGGUCCUUGCAGGUCCAUGGAAUGGGGCUGUCAGUGUUAAUUCCCAGCCUUGGCUCCUUCCAGGGUCAGGGAAUGGGGUGUCAGUGGUGGUUCCGUGGCCUUGGCUCCUUCCAGGUCCAUGGAAUGGGGCUGUCAGUGUUAAUUCCCAGCCUUGGCUCCUUCCAGGGUCAGGGAAUGGGGUGUCAGUGGUGGUUCCGUGGCCUUGGCUCCUUCCAGGUCCAUGGAAUGGGGCUGUCAGUGCUGCUCCAUGUGCCCAGGUCCUUCCAGCAUGGCUCUGCCCUCCCAGCAGGACACCGGAGCCGCUGGCAUUGCUGCAGCAGGGAUUGGGGUUGGGAUCAGGAUCGGGAUUGGGGUCAGGAUCGUGCUCGGGAUUGGGAUUGGGAUCAGCAUUGUGAUCGGGAUCAGGAUCGGGAUUGGGGUCAGGAUCGUGCUCGGGAUUGGGAUUGGGACUGGCAUUGUGAUCAGGAUCGGGGUCGGGCUGUGAGGAGCGCAGUGAGUGCCGCAGAGACAGAGCCGGAGGUGGAGGAGCAGCAGGCCCUGGGAAUGCCAUCCCGUGUCCCUGCCUUUUCCCGGCAUCCACCCCCGGGGAAAGCCCCGCUCCGGGCUGGGCUGGCAGCUCGACCUUGCAGGUGCCAGAGGGACACGAGGCCCAAGGCCGCCCCUCCUCUGCUGGUCCCCGGGGGUUCCCAGCCGGGAUGGGAUCGCUGGGUCCUGGCCUUGUGCAAGGUCACUGCUGAGGCUCCGCCGCCCUUCCCGGCUCGGGGAUUCCUGCCGAGGCAGGGAAACCGGGCCCGGAUUUGGGGAAUUCGGGCGAGGCCUCCCCGGGCCCGGCUGUGCCGGGAGGGGAGCCCGGGGAUGGGGAGGGGCGGGUGGGGGAGGGCUGCGGCCGCACCUUCCCAGUCCCGCCCCCGUCCUCGGGGCUCUUUGCCUUAAUUUCCCCCUGAUCCCGGUUUUCCUCCAUCCCCGCUCCCUCCAGGGCUCUGUUUUCCAUGAUUUCCCCUCCGAUUCCAGCUUUUCUUCCAUCCCCUCAGGGCUCUUUUCCGUGAUUCUCCCCC